CUCUCUCUUGUCACAUCAAGCCUCCCAAUUGGAACUUGAGGCCAUUGGAUUGUGAGGGAGUGUGGGUAUGGUACAUUAUUCCAUUAUUGCAGUGAAAUUUCACUGUGAAAAUAUGUUUUACAGUACAUGGUUAUGAUGACAGAUGCUCUACAGUUUCUACAAGAUUGAUUUAUUCUGCAUUGGCAUGUUUGUUUUUUGUUUACCAAUGUGCCUGUUUUUUUCUUUGUCGGUCAUUUGUGGUCCCUGCGCAGUACUAGAGCCAACUGUCCUUCGCCUCCCAUCGCUCAUCUCCACUCUCAGUCAUUGUUUGGAUCCGUUUAACCUUGGGUUAUCCCUUUCCAGGCUUUAGUUCGUCCCAGCAGGAGGCCAAUGGCCAGCGGCGUUUCUGCCAGCAAGCAGCAGCGCAUGGGAUGUGUGGCAUACAGUGGCGAGAGAGAGAGAGAGAGAGGGAUGAUGGGAGGGAGAGUAGAGGUGAGAUAAGUCAGGGACGGGUUACCCAGCACUCGGUCCCAGCAGGGAUUCUCCAUAUGAACAGCCGGGCCAAGCUGAGAGCAAGUGAUUUGUCAAAGUGAGUGCCCGUGGCCCAGGCCGCUAGUUCACCUAUCACAGCACAGCGGGAGGUUUCUUCAGCCGCGUGUUGACGGAGGCACUAAAGUCCCCCACUCACCGGCUCUGAUGUUCUGUGUAAGGAAGGUGAUUCCGUUUUUUUGCACCUGAGUAAGGAACAGAGUGUCCUGACAGCAACACAAGGAAGCCCAUUUUGUUUUCUUCAUCGUAUGACAGAUUGCUUUGGAUGGCAGUCAUUUGUUUUUAUUCUAUACACACUGAGACAACAAAGAGAGGGUCAGACAGAUGCAUGUGUGUGUCUAUGCAUGCAGUUGUUUUCUCUCAGUCAGUGAGAGAAACCACGUCCGUCACAUCGUAUUUCACUCUCUGUUUUCGCCGUGACCCAGAGGCAAGGCAUGUUGGGCAUUUUGACAGUAAAUUGGACACAAGAGAUCAGUCUUCACCCAUAAUGACUCUUCUGCCGAGAGCAAAGCAACUAGUCCAUUAGUAAUGGAGAGAGGUAGCACCGUGAAGCAGGCUCUGCAGUCUAUUCAUUUCUUUCAUUAGUCCCUUGUUUACAUUGUCGAGAACAGACAAGAGAGAGCUGUGUGUAAAGCUGCUGAUAUAUGCUUUGUGUACAUUGAAAGACAUGUGUUAAAGAUACAGAUACAGCUUCAACUCUGUUGCCCAAUUUUUGAUCUUUUCCACGACCACGAUUAAGCUCAUCCCCUGUAUGUGAACCUGUAUUCAUGUCUGAACCUCACCCCUACUUAUGUGCUAAUCAAUGUCAUGUCACAGUUUAUUGAAAGCAAAAGUCAGGGGAUCACCAAAGUCAGUGGAAUUGAUCGUGUGGGGGAGAUCAUGAAUGUUAGAACAAAAUUUACCAAUAGCUUCCAAUGGCUUCCAAUAGCUCAAUAGUUGUUGAGAUAUUUUAGUUUGGACCAAAGUGGGGGACAGAUUGACCAAGCAGCAUAGCAGCAUUGCCAUCAUGGCUAAAAAUAAAGCUUAUCUCUGAGAACAGUUGAAACUUGUGCCACCUGAAGUCCACAUUAACACCUAAACUCACAAAUGUAACCCUCAGAGUUCAGAGGCCAGAUCACAGCCCGAGGCUAUCAAGAGACAGUCUGUGAAAAGAGAGACUGUUGUCAGCUGCAUCACAGGAUAAAUCUCUGUUCUCAUCUUCAGGUGUUUAUAGAAGAAAAAGGUCAACUGCUUCUGCGGUUUAAUCUCAUGUGUGACACUCGCAGUCAACCACAACAGGUAUCCAGACCGGCGCUGUGGUUAUUAGGACGUGAAACUGGAUGUUUUUCCGGGAACAACCUGGUUUUUAAGAGGGUUAUACUGCGAAAGCACUCAGCUCUGUUUGAGUAAUUGCUAAAUGGACCGAGAUUGCCAAUCUGUAUUUGAGGGGAAUUUAGUGGCAGGAAAACAGAUCAUUGCUGCAUCUUGCAUCUGCACUUUUUAGGAAUUUGAAAAAAAACAGGCUUGUUUUCAGGCUGUCAUUGUUUUCUUGACUGUGCAUUUUUGAGUUUAUUUACUGAGAUUUUUCAAAAGGUUGUCAAACACUCAAAUGUCAGGGGAUUUUUCAUCACAAUUAAAACAUAAAAAUCCCAAAUAUUGAUGUUUCAAGGACUAACCUGAACAACACAAAACAAUACAAGGAAUAAGUGAGCAGCCCAGGGAUCUGUUUGCACCAGGCAAACAGAUGAUUGACAGUGAGUGGGACUGGCUCAAAAAAGACAUUAAAAUGUGCCUCAAGCCAAAAUCGUCAUCUGCAUGUUGAGUGGGAUGCUGUUAUCUUGUCUUUAGCUGUCUGAGAGGACAGGAGAGGAGCAGAGGGCAGCAUGGGGGAUCAGUGGGGCAUGUGGCUGAGCCGUGCAGAGGCUCACAGCUGCUGCCUCUCAGAGGUAGGAGCACAAAAGGCCUUUGAGUGUCACUGUGCGACUGAUACACCGGACCUCCCUGCCCCCCCAAACACUCACAUACAAUAAUCUCCCAGAGACCACAUAACUUCAUCACCACACCUCCAGGGCACUGCACUGCAGUUUUUGGUUCACAUUUACAGCAUCAUUGCAGCUAUGGGGAUCACAGUCCCCCAACCACUCAUCACAUUUCAGAACUCUUAAUUCAGUUCUGCAAAGGAAAUGAGUGCAAAGCACCCUGCACUGUUGGGUGUGGGGGUGCUUUUGUCUUUGUGGGAGCUGAGUAAUGUGAUUAAGAUCCAUGCUGCAAAUUCUGCCCGUGGAGCUGAGUGGAAGAAGUGCCAGUAAACAAGCGCUCCCUUCGCUCUGCUUUGCCUGCCGCUGAUGAAGCCUAUGGGGCCAUGCCGGGUGGGUUGUCAGAGGAAAUGUGCUUCCAGUCCGUCUGUCUGUCCUGUUUAAAUGUUUAAUCACCAAACCUGGACCGCGGACCGGUCUGGAUAAUGAUUAACUUUUGUGUUGACUCGUUGAAGGCUAUACAGUGGGCACGCUCAGAAUGAGUAGGCUACAAUAUUCAUAGUCUCUUAUAUAAGCAUCUCCAUGAUAAGAAUCAGGAAGCAAGUGUUAGCUACAGAGAUACAUACAGGGGGCACUUUCUAUUUGCAGAGUUUUCUUCUUCGACAAAGAGUGAUGAGCCAAGAACGCCAGGCUGCAAAUGGCCGCAUCCUAUUUUAGUUUUCGCUGUAAUAGUUAUAUUUAUCACUCUCUUCCCACAAGAUAGCCGAGGAACCUCAACACCUUCGGAACAAAACCUCCUGUGCCAUGUUGUCUUCAACUGUACAUUUGCUAUACUGCGCAUUAAUUUAGUGCUGCACCCCCCACAACAUGCACCUGUCAGUCGACACAGACGCAUUUGUGACGCUCUCGUUUAAACCAGUGGUGCUGAGAAACUGGCUGCAGGGAGACAAGAACAAAGUGCAAAGCAGUUGCCUUUGAAUGAUGGAUGAAAAAGGCCAUCAGCAAAAUUGUUUGCGCUGAUUUGAUGCCCAUUAGUGGGCCUGUGUGUGUGUGCAUGCUGCGCAUGAUUGGAUGAUUACAUUUGAUUUUGUGUGUAUGGAGGGGGGUUGAAGAGAGACAAUGGGUAAGAUCAUUAGUGUGAUCCACUAGUCAUUUCCUCAAAAGGGUCCAUUUUAUACAGUUUGCAUAAUAGUUUUAUUGUUUGCUCAAUCACUGUGGCAGAAGCUCACCUGCACAGUCACUCAUCUCUGAUUUUUUAUUUUUUAUUUGUUGGUACAUUUAGUGUGCAGCUGUAUUUUCCCUCCUGGGAUCAGUUUGACCUAUUUCAAACUUGCCACUUCUGAAAAUCAGCAAUCAUUUUUCUGUUGCAGUAUUUCUUUUCUUAUAAGCUCAUAAGCAACCUCUUUUCCUCACAGCACAACUGGCUGUAUCUACUGUUGGGAAAUGUGUAUGUAUACCUCAGAGCGGUCACAGAUGACCAUGCCUUACCAGCAUGUAUAUACCACGGCGCUGUCAGCUCUCUCCAUUUGUUUCCAUUUGUUUGUCCUUCUACCUGGUCGUAUUGAUUUUCCCAUAGCUGUCUGGCUGUAAGUGCUGUCUGAGACCAGCCAUAUGUGAAAGCUGGCCAGAGUGAUCUAGAGGGACAGCAGGGGGUUUAAUACAUUUACUGAAAGCACUUCCCAUGUUGAUGCCUUCCCUGAAUUGAUUGUAUGGAAAUGAAGGUCUGUUAAAGCCUCCCUGAUUUAACCACGCUUUGGGACACAAUGUGCCGACAAGAUUAUAUGGAUGUGUGCGCCAACUAAUAUAAAAAUACUUGAGAUGAUUCUGUCAUAAACACAUUCAGGCAUAACAUUUAUAUCGCAUCACUUUGUUUUUCUUGUAAUCUAUAUUUUUUUUAUCAUUGUCACAUUUUGUUCAACAAAUCAAAUGAAUCCUAUACAGAUAUGCAAAAUAAUAAUAAUAAUGUUUGUAAAAUACUCCACAAAUCAAAUAAAUAUUCCUACAUUGAUCUGCAGCAUUAUCUAAUAUCGCGUUCCAUCAUCAUAGCAGAUGAAAACCUGACUCUAUGCGGUGUUUGCUCCUCUUCAUUCAGUCUGCCCCACAGCGUCAAGGCGAGCCUGUCUCUUUCUCCGUCUGGGCCGGGACGGGUGGGCAGCGGCGGGGGCUCCCCUACAUCCAAGAUGGGCUACUGCGGAGGGGUGCCUGUGGAGGACAUGCAGGCCCUGGCCAUCGCCUCUCUGUCGGCAGCAGACAUAGCCAAACAAUAUGAGCACAUCCGUGAGCUGGGGAAGGGCACGUACGGCAAGGUGGACCUGGUGGCACACCGGACACAGGGCACCAAAAUGGCACUCAAGUUUGUCACCAAGAACAAGACUAAGCUCAAGAGUUUCCUGCGGGAGUACAGUCUAACAGGCUCACUUAGCUGCAGCCCUUUCAUAAUCAAAGUCCUGGACGUACUCUUUGAGACGGAGGACAGCUAUGUGUUUGGACAAGAAUAUGCCCCUGCCGGGGACCUUUUCGACAUCAUCCCCCCACAGGUGGGUCUGCCAGAGGAAAUGGUCAAACGCUGCAUGCAGCAACUGGGCCUGGCUCUGGACUUCAUGCACAGUAAAAACCUGGUGCAUCGGGACGUCAAGCCUGAGAAUGUGCUCCUGUUUGACCGUGAGUGCCGCCGCAUCAAACUGGCUGACUUUGGCAUGACCAGACGCGUGGGAUGCCGCGUGAAACGGGUGAGCGGCACCAUCCCCUAUACAGCGCCAGAGGUGUGCCGCGCCAGCCGUGCUGAGGGUUUCCUCGUGACCACCAGUCUGGAUGUUUGGGCGUUUGGCGUUCUGAUCUUCUGUAUGCUGACGGGCAAUUUCCCCUGGGAGGCAGCGUUGGCGGCCGAUGCCUUCUAUGAGGAGUUUCGACGCUGGCAGAAAGCAGGGUGUCCUGUGGGGACCUACCCGUCCCAGUGGCGCCGCUUCACUGACGAUGCCUUGCGCAUGUUUCAGCGGCUGCUCUCCCCCGAGCCGGAAAAACGCUGCGGAGUCAAGGACGUCUUCUGCUUCGUCAAGUACGAGCUGGUCAGCGAGCUCAGGCGCAGAGCAUCUUGCCGAGCCAAGAGAGGCGAGAGGUCAAGCUCGGGAGUGUGCACUGGCAGUUGCACUUCCUCCGCGUCUUCCACUUCAUCACGCUCCUCGCACAGACACCCGGAGCCCUCCACCCCUCCAGGAACAUCCUGCCUGCGCCCGGCACCACUCAAACGCAGUGUCCUGUCCGACCCGCUAUCUCCCAGAGAGGAGUCUGGACAACACCAGUCUCCAGGCCGAGACAAGAACAAAAGCCAGAUGGUAAUGGCAACUGCCAUCGAAAUCUGUGUGUGACCACGCGAACGUUAGCAGUGGAGACUAGAUGGCUUUUCACAGUAAUGACAAGCUGUGAAGAGGUGUUAAUGACUACCACAGAGACUCCACUGAAAAAGAGGUAGCCUACUUUAACCAUGAAAGAGAAGCUCGGGAUCACAUCCCCAGCUGUGGAAAUGGACACCAUCAAUUAGCGGUACACACUUGGACAGCUUAUCACUGCCAUAUGCCGGUUGGGUUUUGAUUUGUGACCAAAGACUGCUUCCAAAGCUGAGAAGCUGUUUAAGAGUCCCAUGAUGUUGCUCCUCUCAGCAGCUCAUCCUGCCAUCCAGACAUUUGUGUUUUCUGCCCAUACACUGUGGUGGUGCUAAUGAUUCUAUAAUUAGAUACUUCAUAAAAAAUGUAUUCUGUCUUCUUUCACUCAUCACUCAGUGUCUCUUUACUUGAGUUUAUGUUACGUCUCUUUAACGGUGUUUAUUUAUCUCAGAGUAUAAACUCCGGGGAGGCCAACACAUCUGAUCUGGUGAUGCCGAUCAGUGUGAGGCCGGUGAUCCGAAGGCAAUCUACGCAACCUGCCGUUUCUCAGACUUCCUGCCAACUUCCAAUGCAUAAAAUCUGUCUUUUUUUCAAGGGAAAAUGUUAUUAAGAGAAAAAUAAGAAAAAUAAGAAUCGAAACCUUUAUGUAGCAGUUUGUAUGAGAUGUCUUCUUCAUGUAGGUGACUUACAUGAAGUUCUCAGAGAUAGGCAUCACCUCAGGACACUUCAGUAGGUAACUUCUUGUUUUAUUAUUAAUGGCAAUUCAUUGA